AUCACAAUAUACUGACAGAUUUUUCGAAUAUGAUUCUAAUUUUGAUGAAAGAUUCAACUGUUUACGUGCUUGGAUCUGUGUGCAAACUCAUUCAAGUCACAUGCGAAAACGAGAUAAAUGACUGUCUGUCUGAGACUUAUGCGGAAGAGUUUUUCAACCAUUGUUCAUGCUUUUGCGAUGACGUAAUCCACAGUGAGAUGAUGCAAUUGAUGGAGAAUUGUAGCAUUAUGAGAAAGUAUGUGAGCAAAGAAGUAUUCAUGCGUACCUUGGAAUCAGAUUUAUGCAGCUAUCAGACAAAGUCACUGGCCGCUAAGCUUCUCUGCAUAUCUGCGAAUGAUAAUCAGACUGCUGAUUCUCAGCUUAAGACUGAGAGCGAAAAAAAGCAAUUGUUAACUUCAGAUGGUAAAAAGUUGGUGGUCCCUGAUUGGCUGGAGAAAUUUCUAAGUGACUCAUCAAGUGACAGAAUGCUAGUUCAUCACAUUGAGGUUGCGAUCGGAAGGCGGACUGAAGAAGUUGUUAGUGAACAAGAGCGGAAGUGGACUUCAUUCAUUCAUGUAUGUGAACAAUUAAUGGCCGAAUCACAAGCUGUUCACGUCGCCAUGGAUUGCUAUUAGAGUUUCGAUUCGAUAAUUUGUCUGUCAGUCGUACUAAAAUAUGAUUCUCUUCAGAUAGUUGCGCUGUGAUUGGUUUCCAUAUAGAAAUUAAUUCAGGGUCAUUUUUGUUGUGUUAUGAGUUGCAUAUUGAUUGCAGUCUGAAAAUAUGCGAGAAUUGCUGCUUAAUAAUGAAUAUGAAAAAUACAGUUUCAUUGGA